GGGGCUGAAAGAUGCGAGAUGGCUUAAGGGAGUCAGUGGAAAGAGGGCCGGGGAGCCAGGAGAUGAUGGGGGUGGAGUCAGGAGCUCUAGAGAGGAGAUGACUUUGGGAAGCCAAGGGGGCUGGAGAUAGGGGUUGAGGUGAGAGCUGGGGAGCCAGAAGAUGAUUGCAGAGGGGUGACCGGAGCCAGGGGACCAGGGGGAAAGCAGGAGAGUCAGGAAAGUAAUGAGAAGGUGGCUGGAGCCAGGAAGUGGCAAAGGAAAUGGGAUGGCAUAGGGGAAAGACAGGAGUUGUGGGAAGGAGGGAUGGCUGUGUGGCUGGAGGAGCUGCAGCCAGCGGAUGUUGGGUGGGGGAACUGGGGUCAGGAAUCUAGAUACUGUUGUGAUCCAUGUUCUCUAGAUAGAUGUGUGGGGAGCAGUCUUGGGUUAUUUUCAUGUACGUAAGCUUGGGGUACUGGAUGCCAACAGAGGGGUCACGUUCUCUUUUUCUCUCUGGUUAGCAAAAAUGGAUUCUCCGGAAGUAACAGAGCUGCAGCAAGAAGUGAUGGAGGAGUUGGGGAUCUCUAUGGAAGAGCUCCAGCAAUUCAUUGAUGAGGAGCUGGAGAAGUUUGAGUGUGUGAAGCAGCGGAAACAGCAGCUGGAAGAGCUGGAAAAGAACGUGGAACAGAAAGAAGCAGAAGUUGCAUAUGUCGACCAGCUCUUCGAUGAUGCUUCAAGAGCCAUUGGUAAAUGCGAGAUACUGGUAAAAGAUCUCUACUCCAAGCUGGGCCUUCAGUAUCGUGAGAGCAGCUCUGAAGAUGAGGACUCAGCUUCCAAGCCCACGGAAGUGAUCGAAAUCCCAGAUGAGGAUGACGACGAUGUUAUGAGUAUUGAUUCGGGUUGGAAGCACAGUGAUACAAGUAACAGAAUCUCAAAGGAUCAGACGCUGCUUCGAGAAGCCAUGGCUGCAAUGAGGAAGUCUGCCCAAGAUGUUCAGAAAUUUAUGGAAGCUGUUAACAAAAAAACAAACGCCCAGGACCUGCAAAAGGAUGGGCUGUCCUCUCCACCAAUCUCUGUUGGCGUGUCCCAGCAGGUGAGCUCUGCGCUUGCUGGGGGUGACCUCAGCAAUGACGGUGACCUGGUGGUUGGUAUGCGUAUCCUAGGCAAGAAGAGGACCAAGACGUGGCACAAAGGAAUUUUGAUUGCAAUCCAGGCAGUAGGUGCUGGUAAGAAGUUCAAAGUGAAAUUCGACAACAAAGGGAAGAGUUUGCUUUCUGGCAAUCACAUUGCGUAUGACUAUCAUCCCUCUGCUGAGAAACUCUACGUUGGAAGCCGGGUCGUGGCCAAAUACAAGGAUGGGAAUCAAGUCUGGCUCUAUGCUGGUAUUGUGGCCGAGACACCGAACAUGAAGAAUAAACUGAGGUUCCUGAUCUUCUUCGAUGAUGGCUAUGCUUCUUACGUCACUCAGUCGGAGCUAUACCCAAUCUGCAGGCCACUAAAGAAGACCUGGGAAGACAUAGAAGACGUUUCCUGCCGUGAUUUCAUAGAGGAGUACAUCAGUGCCUACCCAAACCGUCCCAUGGUAUUGCUGAAGAGCGGCCAGCUGAUUAAAACAGAAUGGGAAGGGACCUGGUGGAAAUCCAGAGUGGAAGAAGUGGAUGGCAGUCUGGUCAAAAUCCUCUUCCUGGAUGACAAACGCUGUGAAUGGAUUUACCGUGGUUCCACGCGCCUGGAGCCUAUGUUCAGCAUGAAAACCUCCACGGCCUCCACUCUGGAAAAGAAACAAGGAGGGCAGAUGAGGACUCGUCCCAAUGUUGGUGCUGUGAGGAGCAAAGGGCCCGUAGUACAAUACACGCAAGAAUUAACAGGAACCAGCACCCAGUUUAAACCUAUAGAACAAAUCCAAGCAAUGUCUCUAGCUGCACCGUCUGUUUCCCCACAGCCUGCUGAGAUGGAAAGCCCCGAAAGUCAGCUGGCUCAGUCCAGAAAGCAAGUGGCCAAGAAAAGCACGUCCUUCCGUCCUGGCUCUGUGGGGUCUGGACACUCUUCACCUCCUUCUCCUGUGCUAAGUGAAACUCCUCCCAUGGGAAAAGCUGCAGUGAACCAGCAGUAUCGUGGAAGCUAUUCCAGUGGCCAGCCAGGCAGCAGCGCAGUGCAGCCGUUCCAUGGCAUGAUGGACCGGGUGCCCAAUGAGCCCUCCUACCGGGCCCCGAUGGAGAAGCUCUUUUACCUGCCCCACGUCUGCAGCUACACCUGCCUGUCGCGGGUCCGCCCCAUCCGGAGCGACCAGUACCGCAGCAAGAACCCCCUCCUCAUCCCGCUUCUCUAUGACUUCCGGCGCAUGACUGCCCGCCGCCGCGUCAACCGCAAGAUGGGCUUCCACGUCAUCUACAAGACGCCGUGCGGGCUGUGCUUGCGCACCAUGCAGGAGAUCGAGCGCUACAUCUUCGAGACGGACUGCGACUUCCUUUUCCUGGAGAUGUUCUGCCUAGACCCCUACGUGCUGGUGGACCGCAAGUUCCAGCCCUACAAGCCCUUCUACUACAUUGCAGACAUCACCAAAGGCAAGGAGGACGUGCCGCUGUCCUGCGUCAACGAGAUAGACACCACCCCUCCUCCGCAGGUGGCUUAUAGCAAGGAGCGCAUCCCGGGGAAAGGGGUCUACAUCAACACCGGCUGGGAGUUCCUCGUGGGUUGCGACUGUAAAGAUGGCUGCAGAGACAAAUCUAAAUGUGCCUGCCACCAGCUGACAGUCCAAGCGACAGGCUGCACCCCCGGUGGGCAGAUCAACCCCAAUUCUGGCUACCAGCACAAGAGGCUGGAGGAAUGCCUCCCCACAGGAGUCUAUGAAUGUAACAAGAGAUGCAAAUGCAACACGAACAUGUGCACCAAUCGCUUGGUACAACAUGGACUCCAAGUCAGACUCCAGCUAUUCAAGACUCAGAACAAAGGCUGGGGAAUCCGCUGCCUUGACGAUAUUGCCAAGGGCUCUUUCGUCUGCAUCUAUGCAGGGAAAAUCCUGACAGACGACUUUGCCGACAAAGAAGGGCUGGAGAUGGGGGACGAGUACUUCGCUAACCUGGAUCACAUCGAGAGCGUGGAGAACUUCAAGGAGGGCUACGAAAGCGAUGCCAAGUGCUCCUCCGACAGCAGCGGCGUGGACCUGAAGGACGAAGAGGAAGAGAACACCGGCACCGAGGAGCAGGAGGAGUCCAACGAGGACAGCUCCGACGACAACUUCUGCAAGGACGAGGAUUUCAGCACCAGCUCGGUGUGGCGCAGCUAUGCCACCCGCCGGCAGACCCGGGGCCAGAAGGAGAACGGCCUGUCUGAGACAGCCUCCAAGGACUCCGGCCUCACCAGGCAAAUCAGCCACGACGAGGUCGCUGUGGCCGCUGCCUGCAAACUGCCCGUGUCCGAGGAGACCUCCAAAAACAAAGUGGCCUCCUGGCUGAGCUCCAACAGCAUGUCGGACAGCUUCCAGGACAACGAUAGCGCCUCCUCGUUCAAGAUGAACGAGGCCAGCGAGGUCAAGGCGGGCAAAGUGGAAGUCCUGGGUGACCGAGAGAAGCCCUCCACUUCUGGGCUUGGGGGCAAGGAGGCCUUUGGCUUGGAUGCCGACUCAAAGAUGCAGAAGAAGGAGGAAUCUGAAGAGCCAAACAAGCUUUCGAUGGCAUCCGAGCCCGGCAAGGUGUAUGGCUAUAAUCCAAGCCCCAUGAAACUCGAGGGGAUCCGGAGGCCACCAAGCAAGACCAUCAUGCAUCAGAGCAAAAGGCACUUGGCUCCUCCCCAGCAAGCAACUGACGAUGUGCUGACGCUAUCAAGUAGCACGGACAGCGAGGGGGAGAAUGGCCAGCCGGCAGCAGGACAAGCACAGGGCAACACGAAUGAUAGUGAUGACAUCCAGACUAUUUCCUCUGGCUCAGAGGAAGAGGACAUCGACGACAAGAAGAAUUCCUCUUCCGGUCUAGGCCCUGUGAAAAGGCAAGUGGCAGUGAAGUCCACACGGGGUUUUGCCCUCAAAUCGACUCACGGGAUCGCCAUAAAAUCGACCAAUAUGGCAUCAGCUGACAAGGGGGAGAACAUGCUAGUGCGCAAAAACACCCGCCAGUUUUAUGACGGCGAAGAGUCCUGCUAUAUCAUUGAUGCCAAACUCGAAGGGAACCUCGGCCGUUACCUCAAUCAUAGCUGCAGCCCCAAUCUGUUUGUGCAGAAUGUCUUUGUGGACACGCAUGAUCUCCGUUUCCCUUGGGUUGCCUUCUUCGCUAGCAAGCGGAUACGAGCCGGCACUGAGCUGACCUGGGAUUAUAACUACGAGGUAGGCAGCGUGGAGGGCAAGGAGCUCCUGUGCUGCUGUGGAGCUAUCGAAUGCCGAGGCAGGCUGCUCUAACCACGCUGGUGCCCGCAUCGUGAAGGACAUGGGCUGCUGGCCCUGGAUUCCCCAGUUGCUCUGAGCCAGAACAAGGUUGAUUCUCAACCACAGGCAUUAUCCCUCCCCUCCCCGCACAACCCUUUGUCUGUGAGGGUGACGUCCUGUGUUUCAUCUCGAGCGGUUUCUAAUUACACCGCGUUGAUUUGUAAUUGUAGCUGUUACAAGGCUGGUUACAGUAACUUGGAGCUGCCCCAUUCACUUGAAAAUACGCCCACAGGUACACAGACCACAACACUAUCAGGCUAACACAAGGGUCGCUUGGCUUUGUGCGUAGGGCUGAGAUGGACAGCAAUGUUCCCAGCGAGCUACUGCCUUGGUGUGGAGCUCUGUCUGCACUGGGUGACGCACUGAUCAGGCAUUCAGCUAGCUCUGAGACUUAAUACCUGUCAGCGUGACAGCUCAAUUCAAGGAUGAAACACACUAGGCAGGCACUACAGAAGGGGCCCCUGCUUCGCCAUCCUACAGCCAGCCUCUGUUGCACCCAAGUCUGCCAUGUCAAAUCCCCCAUCCCCAAAAAACUAGGGCAACUACAGUUAGAAUUGGUGCCCUCUUAUUAUCACUAUUUCAACAAAAGAAACAUUUCAGAGAGCGGGGGUAAAUCAUCCAAUCCAGGAACUGUAUUGGGAUUUUCCUGGGGUAUUGCUGAACAUGCUGUUAAAAAAAAACCAACCUGGCGGCUGUUGAAAGCAAUAAUGGAUGCUUUCCAAUAAAUAAAUAAAUAAAUAAAUACUUCCACCCUCCAGUACAGCGUGAACUUGAAAGUGGCUUGGGGCCUGCUUUUGGGAAAGCAUCACUUCCAGGAGUGGACCUAGACAGAGGCAAGCUGUGGGCUCAGGUAGUGGGCGAACAGGAAUGAGCACAUGGGAUUUUGCCUAGGAAUUGGACACUGGGACCAACAAUCACUUGUCGGUUAGUGAACAAACCCAGGUCUUUAAGGCACCGCCAGAGCCCCUUAUGGCUUGUACGGCGUGAGGCUUCUAUGCAGCUGCUCCCAGAUGCUACAGAAGUGGAGGGAAUAAGAUCAAACUUAAUUGUAGCAAGGGAGGCUGUACCUACCAGUGCUUAUAAAAUACUCAACGCAGGCAGGAUUAACUCCGGCCCAUAACUCCUCUGACUUCAGUAGAGCUAGACCAAAGCUGAUAAAGGCGGUUACUUGGAGAACCCUUUGUAGUAGCCAUGUUAGUUCUAGAGUAUGAGCACGUCCAGGCAGGUGAGGUCAUAUUUUAUAAGACCAACUUCUCUCACCCUGACGAGCUAGAGGAAGCAAGAAGGGUAUGAAACCAGAGUUAUAGGAGACGGGUGCUCAGUCACACAGCUGAAGAUGCUUAGAUUGUUCUAGGGCUAAGUUACAGCUCCAUCAAAUAGCAGACUAACUUCUUCUGCAGCACCAGGACUACAGCACGCUCUUCCCCCUGCCAGUGACGGCACACUACCUCUUAGAGCUUUGCAUGACAACUGCCCUCCUCAGGGCAGUACAUGGCAAAUUCCUUCGCCUAGCGAUGCCAGGGCACGUAGCUCACAACGGAAACAAAUCUAAAAAUAUCUGCUCCGAGAACGGUGCAUCGAAUGGCAGCUGCAGGUUUGCCUGAGGAGCUUGAUCUCCUGGGGAUGGAAAGAGGCUGUUGCACCCCCUCCACACAACCUGGCUUUAGCAGGGUGAACACUCACAAGAAACCACAGCUCAUUAUGUUUGGGGCAUGUAAUUUAUUUACAUAUGUACCCAAGAUACAGAACAGGGAGUGUCUUAGUUUUAAUGAGUGUCUCCUCCUAAAACGCUCUUCAAGUAGGGGAUCUAGCAAUGGAAACUGCAGGGGUAAAAUCCAAGUCACUUUCAAAGUGACAGUAACUAGUUCUAGUGGGGCCUGGGCUGCUAGAGGGGACAUCCCUGCUGCCAGGCUCCAGCUGACACUGGCGAGAGUAAGCUUGGGCCGCUGCUGUGUAAACACGCACAGUGUCUAUUUGGACCUGCUCAUGGGGUUUCUCAGGGGCCAGGCUAAGCUUUCCAAAACCAAAGGGUUAUGGCUGCGGGUGAAGCUAAAAGUUGCUCCUUUCCUUAAAGCAAAGACGUGAUUUUAGGCCUCUUUUUGCAGGUGGAGGCGCUGUAGCCUGUCCAGGUCCCUGCACAUCCAAAGGGGUUGAGUGACUUCCUUGUAAGGGGUCUCUUAUUAAACUAAACCGAGCUUACAAAGAGCUGCACUUUACCAUCCUAAACCCGUAGCAGGUUCUACUCAACUCAGCCUAGCGCAGCAUGUUUAGCUUAACACACUUUGGACCGUAGGCAUUGUCACCACGAAUCUGCCAGAACCACCCCAUCAGCACAUGGCACCUGCCAGAGCCUCUAGGGGAGAUCCCUAGGCACCAGCUGUCAAACCGCAGCACGGGGCACAGGCAAGUCUGAGUUCACAGUGAGUGUGACCGAACCAAGCUAGGGGGAGUAAACUGUUCCAGUUGCUCCCUCUUUCCGGCCUGCAGCAAGCCGGCUCAGGGCCAGAGCGUCACCACCCUGCACGGCACUGAGCUACAAAGAGCAGGCCCCUCUACUGAGCUAGUCAGAAAUGAAUGGGUCAUGGGAACGGAGGGUCUCUGGACCAGCAAAGGGGGUCACUCCUGAGCAGAGAAAAGGAACUCCACCCUUGCUAAUGGGGAGAGAGUUUGACCAUGGCUUUUAAAGUGUUUUAUAGUAAUUACCUUUCCUAGGACAUCUGAAAGCUCCUCCGCUCGCUGACUGUCCAUUUGAGGGGCUGCAUGGGAAUCUUGCAAUGCUAAUGGAGAAGUGCUAUGAAUAGCAGAGUUAAAUCAGUGGCUCCUUCCUCCCAAGCUGCCCGUAGCCACAUUAGUAUUUCAACAGCGGAGCCUCAGAGGGGCUAGAGCAGGUGGCUUUUCUAGGAAGUGGGAGGCCAGUUGUGUUUAAAAGUAGGGCGGUAGAAAGCAUGUGAAGUUCUGAACCCCCUCUCCAAGCAUGCAACACCCACACUCGGGGCUUGGUUCCCCCCAGUGUUCAGGCUCUUAAAUAAAGGCCAGACUUUCAAAAGUUCCCCACACCUCCCAGUGGGCCUCAUCCCGGUUUCCAGGAGACCUCAAACCCCAGCAGGCUGAGUGAGCGCUUUUGAAAAUCUGGCUGCUUAUUUUGAUGCCUUAAAAACGGGGAGCUGAUCCCUGCUAGCCUUGGGAUGCUUGUAGUGAGCACGUUACCACCACAAGAGGACGCUCCUGUGAAAACCACACCAGCUCAAGUCUGGCAGGAAUAGCACAGCUGAUAUGAAAGUUGUCCCAUGUGUUUCAUACUGAUCCAAACCCCUCAGAUGGGGGGGUGGGAACAGGGUGACACUCCAACAGAAACCACCACGCCUGUUUUUACAGAAGUUUUAGUUUUUAUUUAACUUUUAAUAAAUUUUAACUUUUAAAAAAC